GAACAUGAGCCAGCUAAACCAGAGUGAGAACUGCUCCUUCCAUGACGUGGAGGUGCUGAUGAAAACCGUGCAGCUGGCUGUCCACACCCCUACCUUCCUCCUCGGUCUGCUCCUCAAUCUGCUCGCCAUCCGAGGCUUCAGCUCCUUCCUGAAGAAGAGGUGGCCCUGCUACGCUGCCACCUCCAUCUACAUGAUCAACCUGGCGGUCUUCGACCUGCUGCUGGUGUUCUCUCUCCCAUUCAAGAUGGCCCUGUCUCACGUGAAGGCUCCCCUUCUUCCCCUCUGUACCCUAGUGGAGUGCCUCUACUUCAUCAGCAUGUAUGGGAGCAUCUUCACGAUCUGCUACAUCAGCCUGGACAGAUUCUUGGCCAUCCGGUACCCGCUCCUGGUCAGCCACCUCCGGUCCCCCAGGAAGACCUUUGGGAUCUGCUUCACCAUCUGGGUCCUGGUGUGGGUGGGGAGCACCCCUAUCUAUAGCUUCCAUGGGAAAGUGGAAAACUACACGUGCUUCCACAACAUGUCUGACGGCACCUGGAGUGCCAAGGUCUUCUUCCCUCUCGAGGUCUUCGGCUUCCUUCUUCCCAUGAGCAUCAUGGGUUUCUGCUCCUCCAGGAGCAUUUGCAUUCUGGUCGCCCGUCGGGACCACACCCAGGACUGGGUCCAGCAGAAGGCCUGUAUCUGGACCAUCGCGGCCAGUCUGGCUGUCUUUGUGGUCUCCUUUCUCCCAGUCCACCUGAGUUUCCUCUUGCAGUUCCUGGUGAGGAAUGGCUUUAUCGUGGAGUGCAGAGCCAAGCAGAACAUCAUCUUGUUCCUGCAAUUGUCCAUGUGUUUCUCCAAUAUCAACUGCUGCCUGGAUGUUUUCUGCUACUACUUUGUCAUCAAAGAAUUCCGCAUGGACAUCAUGGCCCACCAGCCUUCCAGGGUCCAGCUGGUCCUCCAGAAUACCAUGACCACCAUGGCUAAGGGAAGAAAGCUGAGCUUGGAGGAAGGAAACCUCAGUCUGAAUUCCAUAGCAGAUACCUCUUCCUAGGGCUCUGAUAUGGGGGGCUGACACAUGGCACAUUUACUGGUGUGCCGUCCCUCUGAUGCUCACUUGAAUGACAUCUUUGCUCACUGUGACCCCAAACCCUUUCCCCAGCACCCCGACAACUUGAUAUAAACCACUCAGUGUCUGGGGAGCUCUGAAGAACCUAAGACCCAGGUGAACUCUUGAUUUCUAAGCCUAAAAAGCAUGAGGUUGGAAGAAUUGAGAAAGAGAAUGAGACCAUCUGAAUAAGGCUGUUUCCCAGCUCUCCUCUGUCCUUCUGUUAGGCUAGAAGAUUCUGGAAAGGAAGAGAGAGAGGAGUUAGGAGAGAGAAUCAAGAGGGUUGGCAUGGAGGAGAGAUGGAGUGGGAGAGAUGGACCAAGCUCCUUUUUGGUUUGUGGAUCCCGGCGUGGAGCAGCUGUACUUUCUGGUCUCUUCUGGAGCUCUGUUGGCCCAUGACCUCACAGAGAUGCCAGCGGAAUGUGUGACUGGGGAGAGCAAGUAUGUGCAGAGAGCCCCGAGUUUUCUAUGGGCCUUGGAAAGGCCUGGAAGGCCAGUCACACCUUCCUGUGCCCAGGACAAAGCUGCAGACGGACUGAGGCAGGCUGGUGUGGACCAGGCUUUGUGAUGCUGUGGACACUUUGUGAAAAUAGUGGGGACAGAGUGGAAAGGCACUGGUGACACCUGAGAGCCACGAGGGGGCAGGGUAUACCUGGGAAAGGUAGGAGACAGGCCAAGGGCCGGAAUUGGGCAACCCCUCCCGCAUUGCCAUGGGGGCGUCCACUGCGUGGAGUUUGAGCUCUGGCCCAGGGGGAGGAGAGGCAGUAGAGACAAGCCUGGGAGUGGGAAAUUCCUGGACAUGACCAGCUUGCUCUCUUGAACAGGCUACGAUGUUGUUGAUUAGGUUUAGUUUCCUUGAGAAUGAUGAGAAGGAAUCACACUUGAUUCGGUUCAGCCAGAGGAGAACAAGGUGUUUGUCUUGCCCACCUGAGUCCUGGCUGGGCAGCCGGCCACAGUGGCACCAUCCACAGAGAUGUCCCCAUCCGGUGGCUGGGAGGGAGAAGAUGAGGCAGCCAGGAAUAGAGGAACCAUCUUGACGACACAGAGCUCUUGGCAGUUCCUCGUUGGAAACUGUAAACGAUUGAAUCAUAGUUUGGACUGGGCUUCUCUCAUGCUCUAGAGAAGGUGCAGUGGUGGCAGCUGAAAGCCUGCCACUGACUCAGCCUCCGGAGAGUGAAAUGGUGAUCAGGAUAAAUUGUGGGGUGGUUUGCAAGACGGAGUGAGUGGGAUGAGAAGUAACAAAUGAGACAAUGUGAACGGGGUCGGGGGGUUACUUUAGGAAGAGAAGCAACCGCCUAUACCUCAGGAGAAGAGGCGUCCACCGCUAAGCGGUGGACGGAAGGGAGGGGUGGCUGUCGGGGGGGGAAAGAGGGCGAUUUAGAUAAAACCCUGAGGAAGGAGGAGGUGAGGUUGGGUAACAGUCUCAGGCUUGAAGCGCUGGGGCUCUGUGAGGGGUUGGGGGUUGGGGUGUGAGACCAGCAGGAAGGAUGGAGGGCAGAGCGGCUUCCUGUCUGAGAAUCCUCAAUUUGACUGAGAGCCAUAGAAGGGCAGAAGCCCCACCUUCUCCCCCCUCCCCUGCGGUCAGUGGUCAGGUGGCACUCUGUGGGGCUGGAGGGAACGGUGAGGAAGAAAGGGUAGAAAUGGGUGCAGAGCAGUGAUCACGGCCAGGACCAGAGGCUCCCGCCCCUCAGACUGGGCCUCCAUGAACUGGCAGCCGGGGCAGGAGCUCCGCAGACCCAGAGAUGAGUCCUGCCCAGCUGCUCCAAGCCCUGGACACUCCUCCGCCUGCCUACAGGCUGCACAGUCCCGUGGCCAUCCUGGGCUGAGGCACACUCGUGCUAGUCUCAGAAAGCCAGACAUGUAUCCAGCAGGACACUGGGCUGGAUGGGGUCAGAGCCCAUGGGUGGGUGGAGUUAGGAACCGCCCACCUCCAGUUUCUCUCUUUGCACUGGGAGCUGGGAGCCUGCCCAGUGGAGCUGAGUGGCGCGGUUCAUGCUGCAGUUGUAUCUACCAGUGUGCUUAGGGCCAGACAGGCUUCUAAAGAGGAAAGGGAUGGUGGGGCCCUGAUGACCCAUCAUCCCCAGUGAUGUCUGCAAACAUGCAGUCUUGUCUCGUGGGCAGCAUGACUCUGCCGAGCCAGGGGACAGAGGGCCGGAGGGGAGUAUAGACUCACAAGCUGCGUAACUAUUAGGUGUAGGUCCUUGGAAGGAUGUGGCACACUGGGGUUGAUGUGACAACUGUGGAGGUGAGCCUUGGGAACCGCUGACUGAUCCCAACACGCUAGGGGGAGAAGAUGGGCCUCUUCUCUCUCCCUAUGAGGACCCAUCCUGGAUUGCAUGUCACAGAGGACCCAUGAGGGUCUGUGGGAGUGGGCACAGGCCCAGAGCUGCAGGCUAGGCUGCUCUAUAGGAGGGUCCACACUCUGGGCUAAGUCAUCAGGCCCAGCAGGCACAGAAGGGGCAGAGGGUCAGGGUUAAGGUUACUGUGCUGAUGCAUCCAGGGCCCACCCUGCAGCGAGUGGCAGUCAGUGGGUUAGGGACGGCUGACAUUAGUUGUGGAAGAGGCUGAAAUUUUCACUACUAAAACCCAUGGAGGCUUAGGGACAUUGUCUGGCCUUAUUUGUACUCCUAAUCUGGAAAAAUCUGAGAUACACAGGGUAUAUGUACAUGUGUGAACCUAGGACAAUUAACUGGAAAACUAAUUUGAAUAAUCUGAUUUGCCAAAUAAAUAGAUUCGAUGAUGCUGAGUAA